UUAAAGUUGGCCUUUAAAGCCUGCAGGGCGAGGAACAACAACAAACCCCGAAUCACUUCCGCUUUUUUCCCUGUGCGUCACCGGACCAGCAGAGGGCGCUCGUUUCCACAGACAACCGCUUCUGAAAGUUGAGGAAGAGCCUCGAACGCGGAAGUCCAACAGGAUUUAACUUCUCCUCAGUGACUUUUUUUCCUCGUCGAACUUCUGUCCUGUUGGUUUCUUUUUUAACGCGUUCGUCAGUCUGGAGUUUUGUUGAACAUUAACAUGCGGACGGUUCGGGUCAAUGGACGUCCGGACUCUUGAGCUGCUCUUUUGACAACUGGAUCGACCACCUGAACCUGCCGCGGUACCAGAGAGACACAGUGCGUUCAUGCAAAGACGAGGCGCCGUUAAGGUUAAAGCUUCUAAACGGGCGGCGGACAUGGCUUCAUCCCAGCUGAAGUACCUUUCCCUGGGGGUCCUGGUGUUCCAGACCACCUCCCUGGUCCUCACCAUGCGGUACUCCCGAACUCUGCAGGGCGAUGGCCCACGGUACCUGGCCUCCUCCGCCGUGGUGGUGGCGGAGCUCAUGAAGAUCGUCGCCUGCGUGCUGCUGGUCUUCAAGGAGCAUAGUUACAGCGUCAGAGCUCUGAAUAGCAUCCUGCGUCAGGAGAUCCUCCAGAAACCCGUGGAAACGCUGAAGCUGGCCAUCCCCUCGGGGAUCUACACGCUGCAGAACAACCUGCUGUACGUCGCUCUGUCCAACCUGGAUGCAGCGACCUACCAGGUGACGUACCAGCUGAAGAUCCUGACCACAGCUCUGUUCUCUGUCUCAAUGUUGGGACGUAAGCUGGGCAUCUACCAGUGGCUAUCACUGCUGAUCCUGAUGGGCGGAGUGGCUCUUGUGCAGUGGCCGUCGGAUUCCGCCGUGUCCUCGGAGAAGGAGCCCGCCUCUGCUGGGUCGCAGUUUGUGGGCGUGGCAGCAGUGCUGGUGGCGUGCUGCUCCAGCGGCUUUGCCGGCGUCUACUUUGAGAAGAUCCUGAAGGAAAGCAAACAGAGCGUCUGGAUCCGUAACAUCCAGCUGGGGAUGUUUGGUUUGGUGUUUGGGCUCUUUGGGAUGCUGGCCUACGAUGGGGAGAGGGUCCGAGAGGCGGGUAUGUUCCAGGGCUACAGCACGGUCACCUGGACGGUGGUGGCUCUGCAGGCGCUGGGGGGUUUGGUCAUAGCAGCGGUCAUAAAAUAUGCAGACAACAUCCUGAAAGGCUUUGCUACGUCUCUGUCCAUCAUUCUGUCCACGCUGAUCUCCUACUUCCUGCUGCAGGACUUUGAGCCCACCAGCGUCUUCUUCCUUGGAGCCAUCCUGGUCAUCAUGGCCACAUUCCUGUACGGCUACGAAGGCAAGUCGUCUCCCAACCCCAGCAGGGCGUAGGCUGACCCCGACCAGCAGCAGGAGGCCGUGUGGAGAGGUCAAAACGAGAAGGAGGACCAAGAGACUAGUGAAAGAAAAGGGGGGAAAGGUCAUCUGUGGUCUUUAUGUGGAGGAGAGGUGAAGCUCCAGGUGGUGGUGGGUCUCAAAGCAAAGCUGUCCGCUAUGAAGGGCUGAGAAAGAAAUAGGCAAUUAUGUCUUUGAGAGUCUGAGCUCAGGCAGCCACGUCUACCCUCCCUCCGGGGGUACGCCCCCUAUCUGCUGUGCAUCUGAGUCAAUCAGCACUGAUAGUUGAAGUAGUUUGUCCCACAGACACAAAUCGAAGAGACUUGUCUGCCUGGAAGGCACAACUCAGGGCAAAAAGCUUAAGACUGCAGGCAAUUCCUGAACAUCUGCUGAUGACGCCUGGGGGUCUCCGACCUCCGACGUCUGCCGGAGUCUGAUGAAGGUUCAUCCGAUGUGGGUAGAAGCUACUCUGACAUUCUCACUUUUAACUUAUUCAUGUAGUUUGGGUUCAGUUUACACGUUGGUUCAUGCCUCCUGAUGGUCACUGGUCACACCUGAAGGUCUUUGGUCACACCUGUGACACCUGAUGGUUUUUGGAGAUGCUCUUUGGAAAAAGCGGGUAUGAUUAUGAAUUCUUGUUACUUUAAUGAUGGAUGUGUGAAUCUUCUGUGUAAAAGAAACGUUUGGGAACGUGGUGUUUUGAUCUUCAUCCAAACUUAUUUUCAGACGGGAAACUUCUGCUCUAGUAAAAAAUUAAUUCAA